AUGGACCCUAGGCCGAUGGCGCCUAGGCCGCUGGCCCCUAGGGCGGUUAGUGCCAAGGGCGUUUGCGGCACUCGCGCCAUAGGCGUGGGCAAGACGCAGGUGGGCAAGGCGCAGGUGUUUCUGAGGGCGGGGCAGAUGGUGGAUCUGAAUGCCAUGAGGGCGGAGAAGCUGGGGGAGGCCGCCAAGGUCAUCCAGAGGUCGAUUCAAAAGCUGGACGUGGAGGAGGCGAAGACAGCAGAGAUCCAGAAGCUGCAGCAGGAUCUGGAGGGAGCAAUGAGGAAGGUCGAUGAGGCACACGCUGAAACCCUAGCAGCCAAAGCAGAGAUCCAAGUAGCCAAGGCAGAGACACAAGCAGCCAAGGCGGAAAUUAGUGUAGCCAAGGCAGAGACACAAACAGCCAAGGCAGAGACACAAGCAGCAAAGGCGGAAAUUCAAGUAGCCAAGGCGGAGACACAAACAGCCAAGGCAGAGACACGAGCAGCCAUGGCAGAGACACAAGCAGCCAAGGCGGAGACACAAGCAGCAAAGGCUGAGGCACAAACAGCCAAGGCAGAGACCGAGAGGCUCUGUCUUAAAGUGGCAACAGUGGAGGCGGAGGUGAGGGAGGAGAUUGGGAAGAGGGAGCGGCUGCUGGAGGAGACGCAGGAGGAGCUCCGGAAGGUUGGAGGAGCAGGUGAAAAACGCAUAGCAGGAGAACCAGGUGCUGUUGAGGCAGCAGGCCUUGCGUCUGAAGAGACAUCUCAAAAGAAGGAGAACUCGCGCCUUCUUUCGCCGUGCAUUGAGGUGUGGCUGGGGAUGGUGCAUGUGUGUGGGGAAGGGAGGGUGUGCCACGCGCUGAGCUCGCACUGGUUCAGCAGCAUCAUCUGCUGCCCCAUCCGUGCUCCGUGCAUCUCCCGGGCGGCGUACGGCCGGCACUCGUCGCACCGGGGGGUGCCAGUGGCCACAGCCACGCACGCGCUGAGCUUGCACUGGGGCAGCAUCAUUGCCACGCUCACCACGCUACUCAUGACACUCAAAGCGAAUGAUGUGCCUUCCUUCCUCGUGCGCAAGCUGGUCACUCAGAUCUUCUCCUUCAUCAACGUGCAGCUCUUCAACAGCCUUCUCCUGCGCCGUGAGUGCUGCUCCUUCAGCAACGGAGAGUACGUGAAAGCAGGCCCGGACGAUUUGGACCACUGGCUGCACGAGGCAACCCCUGAAUACACCGGAAAUGCGUGGGAGGAGAUCAAGUAUAUCCGCCAAUCCGUGGGCUUCCUGGUGAUUCACCAGAAGCCCAAGGAGAGCAUGCAGGAGAUCACAUCGGACCUCUGCCCGGCGCUGAGCACUCAGCAGCUGUACCGAAUCAGCACCAUGUACUGGGAUGAUAAGUACGGCACCCACACCGUCUCUCCCUCUUCCCCUCUUCGCCUCUCCCCUUCUCCCCCUCUCCGCCUCUCCCCCUCCCACCGCUCCCCAUCUCCCCAUGCGCCCAUGUCUUGCUCGCCAACAGGCAACUCACAAUAA